CCCACUUAUUAUUUCUUCCCUCAAUAAAAAAAACAAAAACAUUUCUCUACAAAAAUCAUAAAUGUUAUAACCAAAAUAAUUGAAAAAAGUAGCUCGAGAGAGAAGUAGCAUUUGCUACUUUACCCAAAAUCCCUAACCACAUAAUAAACCAAACCCAACAAAGAAAAUAAAAUUUCAAACCAAAAAAAAAAAAAAUGAGAACUUUAGAAGAAUCGAAGAUCUCUAUUGUCUUCUUGUUGCUUCUUCUCUUCUCAAUCUUCAUCAGUUCCAGUCACCAGGCAAAUGAGGUAUUACCAGCUGAAGGAGAUAAUGAGAUGAUGAUGGUGCCAUUGGGGGAGGAGAAGUUUAUGGUAAUGAAUGAAACAAGAAGGAAACUUGGAAGUUUUCAGAUAUGUUCAGUUUGUACUUGUUGUGGUGGUGCUAAAGGUCUUUGCUUGCCUUCUCCUUGUUGCUAUGCUAUUAACUGCAAUAUCCCUAAUAGACCCUUUGGUUACUGUUCUUUCACUCCCAAAACUUGCAAUUGCUUUGGUUGCCAUAUCUGAGAUCUUCUACUUCAUUGUAAUUUGGGAGAGAAACAAGUGAAUCUAAAUCUUGAUUCAUCUUCAAGUGUGAAAGGGAGGAAAAAAAGAAGAAUAUCUGUUCUUGGUUUGAGUCUUCUACUUAUUUUUUGUCUAUAAUUUAUUUUUCAGUCUUCAUUAAAUUUCAUUACCUACUAUCUCAGCAACAUCAUCAUCCUCAUUAAUUAAUUGUCUUUUUGCAUUUGCCAUUUUUUCAUAAUUUUCUAGGGUUUUUUUUGUUUUGAGAAUCUUGUUCACACUUCAAGCAAGAUUUGUUUCUUCUUCUCUGUUCAAUCAAUUCUCUCUAUCUGUCUUUCUCUCUCUCUUUUUUUUUUUUUUUCAUUCUCUUGUUUACUUCAUCAUUUUGUUUCUUAUGUGUUUUAAGAAAGUUAAAAGUUAGAAUUUAGCAUAUUUUGGAAAAGAGUCAUUGUUUGGUUAAGCUGGCAAUUGGAAGAGUAUUUAAUAUGAUGAUGAUGAUGGUAUUGAUGGUGAUGGUGGUGAUAGUGAAGCUGUUAAAGUUAAGUCUUUGUAAUGAGUGACAUGUUAAGAAAAUGGAUCAAGUUUAGUGCCUUAUUCUGAUCUGAUAAGAUCUUUAAGUGUUUUAGUUUAAAAUAGAGGAAAAAGAGUAAAAAAGCAAUUAUUCAUCUUCAAGUGCAGAGACUAGACAAUAUCUUUGAAUAUGUUUAUUUAUCUGACACUGUUAUUAUUGUAAGAGAUGUUUUAUGUCAAAUGUUUGUUCCAACUCUCUCUAUUGCGUUAGCGUAAGUAACCUGCAAGAUCUGUAAAUUAAU